AUGGGUAAACUGUUGCUGUUAUUACUGCUGACAUUAGUGUUGGGGAUCACCUCCAGUCCCGUUCAAGUGGGGACCCGAGCCUCCAGAGACCACAACAACUACACGAAAAACCCUCACCGCGUGGUCUGUUAUUUCGGGAGUUGGGCCCAUUGGCACGAGAAGGAGAGGUUUGAGAUCGAGGACAUUGAAUACGAUUUGUGUACUCAUGUUAACUAUGGUUUCGCCAAAAUCAAUGAAUCCACGUAUAAGAUUGAACAGUUUGAUCCCUACCUCGACACCAAAAAGGAUGGACAGGGAUUCGAGGCCUACAAGAGGUUCAUUCAUUUAAAGACUAAAAACCCAAACCUAACGACAAUGAUAUCAUUGGGCGGAUGGUAUGAGGGGUCGGAGAAGUACUCGGAUAUGGUUAAGGAUGCGAACAGAAAGCGAUUCGUCGACAGUGUGUUGGCUUUCCUCGAAGAACACCAAUUCGAUGGACUGGAUCUCGAUUGGGAGUACCCGUCAAACAGAGGGGGCGAUGAGGUCGCAGACAAAGGAAAUUAUAUGAAACUGUUGGCUGAACUGAGAGAGGCAUUCAAUCCGAAGGGAUAUGUCCUGACGGCAGCCCUCUCACCGGGAAAGAAAACAAUAGAAGCGGCGUAUGGAGACAUACCUAAAAUGAAUGAACUGCUCGAUUGGGCUAAUAUAAUGACAUACGACUAUCACGGGGGUUGGGAAGACAUUCUCGGACACAACGCCCCACUCUAUAGCCGACCCGAUGAGACAGAAGGCGAUUACCCAUACUUUAACGUCAACUAUACUGUCAAUUAUUACUUGUCAUUGGGUUUGAAGAAGGAGAAGAUGGUGAUGGGAGUGCCCUUCUAUGGCAGGGCCUGGACUCUCAUGAGUAAAGAUAAGCACAAUCUCCACGACAUCGCAAAGGGUAUGUCACCCGAGGGUUUCAUCGGUGGUGANUCAUUGGGUUUGAAGAAGGAGAAGAUGGUGAUGGGAGUGCCCUUCUAUGGCAGGGCCUGGACUCUCAUGAGUAAAGAUAAGCACAAUCUCCACGACAUCGCAAAGGGUAUGUCACCCGAGGGUUUCAUCGGUGGUGAGGCCGGAGUGUUAGGAUAUAAUGAGUUAUGCCAACUGGAACUCCAUGAUCCCACCAAAUGGCACAACCUAUCGGACCCGUACUAUAGAGCGCCGUAUGCUUAUAACGAUGAGAUAUUCAUUGGUUUUGAAGAUGUGGACAGUAUUUCGUGCAAAAUCGCUUUCUUGAAAUCCAUGGGACUGUCGGGUGGUAUGGUGUGGGCCCUCGAGAACGACGACUUCAAGAACAGGUGCGGAAAGGGUAAGAACCCCCUCAUGAAUAAAGUGCACCGUAUGUUGAAUGGCGAUGAGAUCAAGUCGCUUGAGUGCAAAUAUACACCUCCGCCACCACCACCUACCACUACAACUACAACCACGACAACACCGGCACCGACCACCACAACUACAACAACUACCCCAACACCUCCCCCUUCAACCACACAGUCAGCUGGAUCAACCACAAGUCAUAAAGAUUUUAUGUGCAGUAAUUAUGGAUACAUGCCAUACCCUGGUAACCCAAAUAAAUACUAUCAGUGCGAGAAAAUUGGUGACGAGUGGUAUAUCCAUGAGAGGACUUGUGCUGAGAAGACUGAAGUAUGGGUUCAGGAGGAAUUGAAAUGCGAUUGGCCUAAACCACCCCCGGGUCACUAUUAA